GAUAAUAGACGACAUUGAGAUGGGAAUUAAGGGCAGAAGUUUGACAUUACUUAAGAGAAAGAGUGCAUGUCAGAGUUGGCCUAUGCAAAAAGACCAUUAAUAUAGUCAUAACAAGUUUCAACAAAGCGAUGGCUGUGUGUCGCACGCUUGUGUAGCAAGCCGCCAUCAUCAGUCGGGAGGUCACGGAGACCUCGCAGCGAAGGAGGCGGAGACUGAGGUCGGCGCGGAGUACAGAAAACAUAUCGGCCAACAUAAAGGCACGGCACACUACGAUUAUGUCUGAGAAGAUCGAGGUCGUUGUGAAGAAUUGUGUUCAGAAUGGGGAGGGGCCUUACUUUGACGACACUACACAGAGCCUCUACUAUGUGGAUCUGUUCGCUGGUGACGUUCACAAAUACAACACUGUCACAAGAAACCACAGUCGUCAAAACCUCGAUUGCUCUGUGGCGAGCGUCAUCAUCCCGCGACAGAAGGGCGGCUUUCUGGUGAGUCAGAGGACAGACCUUGCCAUCUUGGACUCUUGGGACAAUGGCAAGGUCACCAGCAUUGCCAAGGUCGAGGCCGACGCUAAUAUGCUCAAUGACGGCAAAGUGGAUGCUUCCGGUAAACUCUGGAUUGGGUCGUGUUUCUGUGGUAAAGAUAUCCCUGACCCCAGCAAGUGGCCGAAGGGCCAGGGAUCAUUGUACAGUCUUGAGGCUAAUGGGAGCGUCAAAAAACACAUCAGUAACCUCAACAUCAGCAACGGCAUGGACUGGACUGACGACAACAGCGUCAUGUACUUCAUCGACUCCAUACCAAGGCAGGUCUGGGCGUUCGACUUUGACAUCAAAGCUGGGAAUAUCAGCAAUCAGAGAACUGUAGCAGACUUCAGCUCUACUGAAAUCCCAGAUAUGGGGUUUCCUGAUGGAAUGACCAUUGAUACAGAGGGGAAAUUAUGGGUGGCCUGUUUUGACGCUGGGAAAGUUGUCCGACUCGAUCCCGAGACUGGAAAGGUGAUCCGAACUGUCAAGUUCCCAUGUGAAAAGAUAACGUCGUGUUGUUUCGGCGGAAAGGACUUCACCGACCUCUACGUCACAUCAUCGCAGUUCCUGAUGACCCCAGCACAACUGGAGAAAACACCACUGGCUGGGUCUAUCUUCAAGGUCACGGGGCUUGGAGUCCGAGGCCGCAAAGCUAACAUUUUUUCUGGAUAAUCGUUUCUCUGUUCUUUGCGUUUUCAAGAGCCAAGCUCGUGAACCAUUUGUUAAUCUGAUUCCGAUGCUUUGUUCAGGUGGAAUACUCAAAGCAAAUUAUGGGGUUAUGUACAGAUCUUGUUUUUAUACAAAGUCGUUUGUAGACCAUGACUCUGAAAAGACGAUAUCGUACA